AUGUCAUUUUUAUUGAGUGAUCGCAUUAUUUUAGUCGACAUAUUGUCCGCAGUGUUUGGCAUCAGUUCUUGGAUUGCAGUGAACGGCAUUUGGACACAAACACCACUUUUAGUCCAACAAUUGCCGGAAAGUUUCAAUUUAUUAUCAUAUAUUGUAGUACUCAUACAAGUGGCUAAUGUCGGACCAAUCAUAUACUCAUUUUUUAAAUCUAAAUUUUCAACCAAAAGAGUGGAAGUGCCGUCCAUUCAUAUAAUACUAUUGAUCGGUUCGUUAGCCUGUCUGCUAUCGGUCUUCUUUUGGGAUCAUUUAGCUGUCAUUAAUGGCACCAAACAUUCGGUGGCAUUCCUUGCGUUGACUACACUGUUAGCCAUUAUGGACACCACAACAUCAUUGCUAUAUUUCCCAUAUAUGUCACACUUUAAAUCUAAAUAUUUGGUAUCGUUAAUAUUUGGUGAAGGCCUCAGUGGAGUGGUUCCCAGUGCUGUAGCAUUGAUUCAAGGUGUGGGAGGAGAACCCACCUGUAAGAACAUAAGCACCGGAAACGAUACCUAUAAGAUGAUCCCAGUGUCAGCCGAUCCUCGAUUUUCUGUUAAUAUGUUUUAUUUGUGUCUUUUUAUUUUGGUGUUGUUGUGUUGGUUGGCAUUCAUUUUGCUCCAUCACUUAAAUAUAUGCAAAAAGGAACGGUUAGAUAAUUAUCCCGAAACAGAAACAAAUCAAAACACAACUAUUGCAUCAAAUCAACAAAUAAUUGAUUCUUCAAUUGAAAAGAGUUCAGAUAGUCAUGAGAUAAUAUCCAGAAAUAUGUUUAUAUACUUACUGUUAGUUCAGGCCUACAUCAAUGCCGUAUCCAAUGGAGUGCUUACAAGUAUUGAAAGUUAUGCAAAAGCUCCAUAUGGUUAUCAACCUUACCAUUUAGCCGUACAAUUAUCGUCUAUAGCUAAUCCCAUAUCAUGUUGUAUUGUAUUUUUGUUGAGCACACGUAUGCAAAAAUUGGUGAUGCCUGUAUGUGUGUCCAUUGGAACGGCAUGUGCCAUAUUUAUAUUAAUCGCUGCCCGUAUGAGUCCUACACCUCCCGGUUAUAAUACAACAGUUGGUAAAGUAUUUAUAGUGAUAGUGUCCAUCGCAACCACUGCCAGCUUCUCCUUCUCCAAGACAUGUAUUGCCGCUAUAUUUAGAGCGACUAAAACAUCACAUAAACUGUUAUAUUAUUGCGGUAUAUCCACACAAUUGGGUUCAUUUAUAGGAGCGGUCAUUAUGUUUUGUAUUGUCAAUUAUGCCAAUGUUUUUCAUAGUGCUCCACCAUGUUAA